GAGUAUCUCUCACGAGACUGCUUAGCUUUACUUGCCGCUGCCGCGCUGCCCCGGCAAGCAGGCGAGCGAGCGAGCGGAGCCUGCCGAGAUUCGAUCCCCCGCCUCCCCGCUGCGGCGCAACUGCAACCACCACCAACCUCCCGAGACCACGAGACCGCACCACACUCCCCCCGCGCAGCCGCGGGAGCUCGAGAUCUGAGCUGAGGCGCGCACCGCUCCGCUCUGCUCUGCUCUGCCACGCUCUGCUCCCCCCCAAUGCAGCGAGCGGGAGAGCGUCGCCGGCGGUGAGCCGGUAAUACUGCUAUAUAGCACGGGGUACUAGCCUGCAGGCCUCCCGACCCGUCUCGGGGAAUGAGGCCGCGGCGGCACUCGUACGGCAGGGGCGGCAGGAGCGCGGCGGCGGCGGUGCCGCUGGUGCUGUGCCUCUGCGUCACCGGCGUCUUCCUUCUGCUGCUGCACGGCUCCUCCCCGCCGCUGGACGCGGAGGGAGGGAAGGAGCAGGCGGCCGCGGCGGGAGGAGGGGGGAGGAACGAGGAGCCGAUGGUCCUGGCCGAGGUGGAGGAGGCGCCGCUGCCGCCGGGGAACGCCAGGGUCGCCUUCCUCUUCAUCGCCCGCAACCGCCUCCCGCUCGACCUCGUCUGGGACGCAUUCUUCCGUGGUGACAAUGAAGGGAGGUUCUCCAUCUUCGUGCACUCGCGGCCGGGCUUCGUGCUCACCCGCGCCACCACCCGCUCCCGCUUCUUCUACAACCGGCAGGUCAACAACAGCGUCCAGGUGGAUUGGGGUGAGGCGAGCAUGAUCGAGGCCGAGCGAAUCCUUCUCAGCCAUGCACUCAAGGACCCCUUCAAUGAGCGCUUCGUUUUUGUGUCCGACAGCUGUGUACCAUUGUACAAUUUCAACUACACUUAUGACUACAUAAUGUCUGCAUCAACCAGCUUUGUGGACAGUUUCGCCGAUACAAAACAGGGCAGGUACAAUCCACGAAUGGACCCAAUCAUCCCGGUGGAGAAUUGGAGAAAAGGCUCACAGUGGGCUGUGCUGAUUAAAAAGCAUGCUGAAGUUGUGGUUUAUGACGAUGUGGUGUUGCCAGAAUUCAAGAAGCAUUGCAGGAGAAGGCCCUUACCAGAGUUCUGGCGGGACUGGGAUAAACCUAUUCCUGCUGAGGCAUGGAAGGCACAUAACUGCAUACCAGAUGAGCACUAUGUUCAAACAUUGCUUGCACAAAAUGGGCUUGAAGAAGAGCUUACGCGGAGAUCAGUUACACAUAGCGCAUGGGAUCUAUCAUCUUCUAAAGAUCGUGAAAGGCGUGGAUGGCAUCCUGUAACAUACAAAGUCUCUGAUGCUACACCCGCACUUAUAAAAUCCAUUAAGGAUAUUGAUAAUAUAUAUUAUGAGACCGAAUAUAGAAAAGAGUGGUGCACAAGUAAUGAGAGACCAGCACCUUGCUUCCUCUUUGCAAGGAAGUUUACACGCGGAGCCGGUCUGAAGCUUCUUAACUCAUCAUUUAUAGCAGCAAGAUGAUGAGUAUAUAGUGCAGGGGACAUCUGCCAUGUAAAGGUUUUCUCCCUUACAAGCAGAAUACUGCCAGUUUGCAUAUACCUAAAGGAAAGGGGUGGAGGUGACAGAAAAUAGCAGCGAUUUUUGGCCUGUGUUAGAUAUAAUUUGUUGUACUCUAGAAAGUACAAUAGGGUGUUGUAAAGAGAUAAACUUAUGCUUCAUAUAGCGCUAGGUUAGUACACAUGUUAGCUCACAGCUCAGCUCAGCAUUGUAACUGGAACCGUAAGCAACUAUCCACAGUUGGAUCUGGAAGAACCACUUAAGUUCUAUUCUUGAGAAAAUCCUUUCUGCAAAUUUAUGGAAGCAGUUGCAUCUUGUGGCA